UGCGGCUCGAGGCGGUCCUGCCCAGGUGGCGGGGCCGGGCCACUCCUCCCGUUUGGCUCGGGUUACCUGGGCGGGCCGUCCCGUCCCGUCCCGUCACACAGCCCUUCCCGGCUGGUCCAGCCCCUCGACGGGAAGUGGGAGCGAGGGGCCGUGCUGGGGCGGCUGAGCCAUGGCUGUGCCGGCAGCAGCUCCGCUGCCCUGCCCGCUCCUCCUCGCCGUGUGCUGGGUGGUGGCCGCGGGGACGGCGGCAGGAGCAAAAAUUCUUCAAUCUCCAUCCAACUUGAACUAUUCAUUUAUCCACAUCUGUACUCUGAACUGGACAUGGAACCCCCCAGAGAACAUCAGCAGUAGCUGCAACCUGGAGUAUUCCAGUGACAUCAUCACUAAUGGUGUUCCUGAGGACAGAACAGUAUGGAGUAAGAAUCCCUUCCGUGUGAUGGAUGCGCAAUUGAAUGAGGAAAUGCGCCUCAGAGUGAGAAGUGAAUGCAAGAAUGACAACACCAGUGAGCCCAGCUCCUGGGUGGAGACCUCCCUUCUGCCAGAAGGUAUUCCGGGUACUGCUGCUGUUGACUUGAGCUGUGUUUGGCACAAUUUGGAGUACAUGGCUUGUACCUGGCGUCCUGGGAAGAAUGCAAGCAGUGACACCAAUUACACUUUGUUCUACUGGUUUGAUGGCUUAGAAAACCCUAAGAAGUGUAGCAACUCCUCUGUAAACCAAGGAAUCUUUGAAUGCAUUUUCAGUCUUACCUUCCCAAAAGUCACCAGUAAUUACCCUGCUAUAAGUGUUUUGAUUAGAGGUGAUUCUGAAGAAAUUAUGCCUGUGUGUGCAAGCAAAAAUCCUACCACCCUUGUAAAACCUGCCACACCAAGACAAUUGUCAGUGUCAAAGACUAAUGAUAGAAUUGACUUAAAAUGGAGUGAAUCAGAAACUUUUCCAAAAAAUUGUUUACAGUAUGAAGUCAAAUGUUGCAAUGAUGAUUUGGACACUGGUCGUAUAAUUCUGUCUGAAAUGAAUUCUGUGUCAAUUGAUGGUAUUGACGCUAAUAGCAAAUACACCUUCAAAGUGAGAGCAAAACCAAAGUGGGACUGCUACAACAGUGAUUUCCAUAGUGACUGGAGUGAAGAGAAGAGCAUUGGUGAGAAGAGGGACUCCACAGUCUAUGUUGUUCUAAUAAUUACCAUUCCAUUAGUAGUGGCAGUAUCUACAAUAGUUCUACUAGUUUAUCUAAAAAGGCUGAAGAUAUUAAUUCUUCCACCAAUUCCAGACCCUAGAGAAAUUCUUAAGCGCAUGUUUGGAGAGCAGAACGAGGAUUCUCAGAGCUCUGCAAAGGAUGAUCCCAUGAAUGGUUUUGACAGGUUAAUUAUAGAAGAAGAAAUUAAUUCUCUAAUUUUAACAGAAACUUCAGAGAGCACUAGUACUGAAAAAGAAAACAGGUAGAAUCUGCUUGAUCAGUGAAAGAGGAGGAAGCUGAUUCCUGCUCCCAUACCUCAGUGACUCUAGAUGUGAAGAGGCCUGUGGGACAUUGGCCGGCUCUGACCUCACUGGCUCCUUCUCUGGUGCACAGAAGAUGCAUCACUAGCAGUGGCUGUUCUUCCAUGUCUGCCAGAAAUACUCAUCUGAGUUCAGUCAAGAUGAGCAUGUUUGUAAUUCCAUGUGACUGCACUGUGGAUUCCCUGUUGUGGCUUCAGCCAGCUCUGCCCUGUGGAUUCCCUGUCUUGGCUUCAGCCGGCUCUGCCCUGUUACUUGUCACUUGCACUUGUGUUUAUGCCUCACACCAGACUGUCAGGGUUUUUCUCUUUUUUUUUGGAGCAAGCACUGUGACUUCUCUGAAGUAUCUGGCUCUAAUUGCAGUAGGUGGGAUGAGGCUGGUUUACAGAAGAUGGGUCAUUAGUGCUACCACCUGGAGCUGCUGCCAGGUGGGAUGGGGGAUGGCAGAGCAUGGACUGUUUGUGGAUAACCCUUUGUGUGUGUGCCUGGGCUGGGCACUCUCUGGAGGGCACUUACACACUGAGCUUGUGCUUCUGCCCAUCAGCUGGGGCUUGGUCAAAUCCCACCAAAGAGGAUAUUUUUAAUUUGAAAAUGUGUAUGAAAAGCCUCUUUGUUUUCCAGCUGGUGUUCAGAAUAUUCAUAGAAAAGACUUGAUUUUGUUAUCAUGUCAAUCGCUUGUCCUCAGAUGUCUUGCCUUCAUGGACUUCUUGGAUUAAUUAUACUUUGUUAAAAAUGAGAAAGAAUUUUUUUUUACUUGUUCUGUGCAGUAGCAGACUGAGUUUCACCAGACUGUGAGUCUCUCCAGACUGUGAUUCUACUUUGGCCAUAUUGGCCUGAAGACACCUGAUUUUUAGUAGCUAAGUCAUCCUGAGUCUGUCCAGCAAAAAUACCAGGAUGGAUGCAUGAGUCUAAAGAGCUGUGGUCAAACUGAUUAGCAAAUAUAAAACCACUGAAACCCAGCUAAUUCAAAGGCUUCAAGACCUAUCCUUAGUGCCAAACUGAUGGAUUUGGGGAACAGGGGAUGAUAACCUCAGCCUGUUUUCUAAGGGGUAAGUUUUAUCCUUUCCAUAGUGAUGAGACUCUGAAUUGAAUUUCCUCUCUAGGACUUAGCAAUAUAAAACAAGGUGUUGAUUUGACUUUUUAAAAAAGCUUUCUUCUGUAUUUUACUACAACAGUGUGACAGGUGUUUUUGUUGUUUUGUUCAUUCUUUGGUGAUUUUGUUUUGGGGAUUCUUUAUGCAGCAAAGCUCAGCAGUGUUUUCUGGCACAACUGUGACAUUUUUCUGCUCUGCAUUCUCAGCAUUAGUUUCUGCCCAGUGCUGCAAGGGUGGUUACAGUGGUACCUUGAUUGUCCUGGAGGAAGAAGAUAAUGAAAUGGAGAGAAAAGGAUCCAUGGAAGCCCUUUAUGGUUAGUGCUCAGGGAUUUCUUGCUCCUUCCAGAUAAGUGUAGACAUGUGAGUCAUGGACAUAGGCAGUCUUUAGCAGAUUGGGAAGAGUUCUCCCGAUAAGCUUUCUAGGAGCAAACUUUAUAGCUACUAACCUUUUAGAGUUCAUCCCUGUCUUCAACCUCCAUUCAGUCAAAAAGUGAAACUAAGUGCUGUAUUUUUAGAACAUACUGUUCUGCAAGAAGUAGAACAAGAGUCACAUACUUUCAGCUACAGAUGUGCAUCUUUUGUGCACUUAUGUGUUCCCUCCUUAUCAAUAAAUCCAAGUUUUGUUCACUGAACCUCUCAAAUACCGGUUUUUCCAUGUCUCUUAUCCUCCUUUGGUUAAUGGUAGAAAGGGGAGGAGAAAAGUAGCAGAAUUAGCAGACCCCCUAUUAACAUAUGACUUUUACCUCCAAUCAGGCUAAAAACCCCCCAACAUUACAAAAAUUAAUAAAUGGGACAAAAUAAAAAUAAAGCCUCAGGGAUUUCAGUGAGAUAAAACUCAGGUUAUACAAAGUCAGCUAGUAGCACCCUCUGAAAUUCUAGAGAUUAAGGAAUAGCAUGAGGGAAGAUUAAUUACAUUCCUUGCCAAAUUCAUUCCCUCUGCAACAUUUAUGUUAUUAUAACGAUAAAUAAUCCUUCAAUCUACCUCAUUUGGAAUGUUGCUCAACACAGACCACUAGACAAACAGAAAUGUAUAAUUUCAAGAUACGUAAGCAUAACAGUGCAGUAUAAAGUUUUGUAGUUUUCAGCAUAGCAAUCUAGGAAAAUCAGUACAUACCCCUAAAUUCUUUUGACUUUUAUGCUGGUGUCUAUGACAAAACCAAAAUUUAUUUGAUUAAAAACAAACAAACAAACAACCCCAAACAAAUUCGUAAAGCCAUAGAAGUGGAAAUAAAAAUAGAUGAAAGGUGUUAUGCCAAAAGGAAGUUUUAAAUGCAAAGGAUGGUUUAGGUCACUAUAUAGAAAUAACACUAGUUGACAGUUCCUCAUGGAUUCAUUUCUUGAGCCUGUGUUUCAGCAUGUAAAGCAAGUGUCUGAACAUACUUUCACGUUUAACAUGCUUUUUUUUAAGGUAAGAGGCUUUUUAGCUUGAAAUUAUCCAAAUUUUGCUAUCAUUUUUUUUUCUUCAUUGCAGUUACUUGAUCUGUAAAUUUGUUCAAAGAGUGAAUAAAUAUGAUUGACUGCUUUUCAGCA